GGUAACGGCUGUUUUGCUUCAGACAGCAUAUCCCAUCGUUGAGAUACGCAUGACCGGAAAGCUCGCGUUUAUUUUAUAAUUGACCUACAGACAUGGCCUUCCGGGUCAAAGCAUCUAAGAACAUUCUUUUUCUUAUUAGUUUAUUAUUUUGGUGGUCAGGAGCGGUGUUCACGUAUGUCGGCUCUUAUUUCAUAACCAGCUAUAAGAAUUUUGAUGACUUCAGGGUUGACGAUUAUGGCCUUGUCCCUGCAAUCAUCAUUCUUGCCGUGGCCGGAGUCAUGUUUUCAAUCAGCAUAAUUGGCUGCUGUGCAAUUUUGAGGGAGUCUAAAAUUGGCCUAGGCUUUUUCCUACUGAUCAUCUGGCUGAUCCUUGCUGCGGAGGUCACUGCCUUAGUGUUUGGCUACGUGUACAAACCAUCAAUAAUUGAUGGCUUGUACGGGUCAGCGUAUAAUCUUUUUUAUAUGUACGAUGGCUAUAAUUCACAAUCCGAAGCAGUGGAUUACUUGCAGACUCAGUUGCAAUGUUGUGGGUUAACUGACUACAACGACUGGAAAAAUUUUCGAUGGUACUAUGUUUACAAAACUGUGCCUGAAUCAUGCUGCAGAGCAAACGAACCGUGCAGUGGAAAAUUGGAACAGCCACAUCUGCUGAAUACUGGCGGAUGUGUAGAUAAAUUGCAGCAGCUGCUGGAGCGUGUGCUGAAUUUUGCCCUGCUUGUCAUCUUGGGAUUUGCCAUCAUAAAGUUCUUAGGUAUUUUAAGCAUUUCUUUUAUCAUCUGCCGAAAACCCGGAAAUGACUACCGAACACUUUAUAAGCAGACGCAGCUUUGUAAAUUCACGGCCGGAGGCAGCAGCCAAUCCCGGCGCUUGCGCCUCUUGCCUCUCGUUCGCUAUUGGUCUCUGGACUCGGCAGUGAAUACACAGAAACCUCGGCAGAUAAUGGCAAACAUGGUGCUGAAAAGCCAACACAAAGACCAAGAUGCCUCCCUCAGGCAGUUUCAUGUCGUUGAUAGACGAAGUUUGCAACGAGUGGCAGUUAAGAAGCUGGCACUGCGUGACGACAUGAGCAUUAAACAUGCAUUGCGUGAAGUAAAAAUCACAUGCCGACUUCAACAUGAGAACAUAGUAAGAGUGUUUGAAGCACUGGGCCCCUGUGGCCAGCCUUUACCCCACAACCUCACUCAAGUCACAGAGAUCUAUAUUGUGCAAGAGCUUAUGGAAACAGAUCUGGCCCAGAUAUUGGAGCAGGACCCAUUGCCAGUAGCCCAUGCCACUUUGCUUUUUUACCAGCUUCUGCGAGGCCUCAAGUUUAUCCACUCAGCCAAUGUGCUGCACCGUGACCUAAAGCCAGCCAACAUCUUCAUCAACACUGAGCAGAUGCUGCUGAAGAUAGGAGACUUUGGAUUGGCACGCAUUGUUGACCCACACUACUCACACAAGGUCUCAGGAGUGACGUUCACGUUACUUGGCUCUUAUUUCAUAGCCAUCUAUAAGAUUUUUGAAGACUUCAGGGUUGACGAUUAUGGCCUUGUCCCUGCAAUCAUCAUUCUUGCCGUGGCCGGAGUCAUGUUCUCAAUCAGCAUAAUUGGCUGCUGUGCAAUUUGGAGGGAGUCUAAAAUUGGCCUAGGCUUUUUCCUACUGAUCAUCUUGCUGAUCUUUGCUGCGGAGGUCACUGCCUUAGUGUUUGGCUAUGUGUACGAACCAUCAAUAAGUGAAGGCUUCAGCGAUUCAGAGUAUGAUUUUUUUUAUAUGUACGAUGGCUAUAAUUCACAAUCCAAAGCAGUGGAUUACUUGCAGACUGAGUUGCAAUGUUGUGGGUUAACAGACUACAACGACUGGAAAAAUUUUCGAUGGUACUAUGAUCGCAAAACUGUGCCUGAAUCAUGCUGCAGAGCAAACGAACAGUGCAGUGGAAAAUUGGAACAGCCACAUCUGCUGAAUACUGACUUCUUAGGUAUUUUAAGCAUUUUUUUUUUCAUCUGCCGAAGAUCCAAAAAUGACUGCCAAUCACUUUAUGCGUAAAAGUUUCCAUAAAGCUUCUUCAUUAUCAAUAAUGAAGAUAGUCAGACAUUUUUCAUAAUCUCAUCAGUGACGAUACGAACAUUUCACACAUUAGUUUUUUAUGGCUCAGUAUUUUAAGUAUUGUUGUGGUCUUUGCAUAGAAAAGCAAAAAAUCACUGUUGUAUUAAGAAAUGAAGGAAGCAAAUAAUUUAUGCUUACUUGUUUCCUUUUGUGGUAAGGACCAAAGUGCAGAUAAAUGUAUCAGAAAUGCACACUUGCAUGUACCUAUUUAUAAUUGUAAGUUCAACAAUAAAAGGGAG